AUGGCCGCGAGGAAAUUCGCGCGAUCACCCUUAAGGAUCCCGGCCGAUUGCCAAACACGCUCCUCCAAAUCAAUCCGACGUAUGACCUCCUGGAAUGACGGCAGGGCACCGUCAAAGAUGAUGGCAUUCCUAUGCUUCUAUACCUCCCACAGCACCAAACUGGAGUCUGGAGACUGCUUCAAGUCACUCGAGCUGACUCAGUUUGCCACCUUCGUUGACCUGGUUAGAGCAUCUCCAACCGGGGACCUCAAAUCCUCCUCAUAUGUCCGGGUGGACAGCCUGGAUAGUGCUCGGACAAGAGAAAGAAGGAAAAAGGCUACCCAACCAGACCUCAUAAAUCAUCCUCGUAUGUCUGAGCUGUCCGCGAACCUCAAAUCCAGUCCAUAUGAAGAGUUUGACACAUAUGAUCAUGAUGCUCACCUAUUUGUGAAGCUACAGUUUCUCAAAAAAAGAUCCAAAAUUAUUGAGAUCGUCGCAGCAAAAGAUAUUAUAUUUGCUCUUGCUCACUCUGGGCUUUGUGCUGCUUUUAGUCGAGUAACAAAUAAGCGGUUAUCCUUCUUGAAUUUAAGCCCGGACGAAGUGAUCCGGAGUUUGUUCUACAACAAGAACAACGAUUCACUUAUUACUGUCUCAGUUUAUGCAUCAGACCAUUUUAGCACAUUGAAGUGCAGAACAACCCCAAUCGAGUAUAUAAGGAGGGACCAAUUAGAUGCUGGGUUUCCUCUUUUUGAAUCGGAAUCUCUAAAGUGGCCUGGCUUUGUUGAGUUUGAUGAUGUAAAUGGAAAAGUACUCACUUACUCGGCCCAGGAUGGUAUCUACAAGGUUUUUGAUCUGAAGAACUAUUCCUUUCUAUAUUCAAUACCUGAUACCAAUGUGCAGGAGAUAAAGAUUAGUCCAGGAAUUAUGCUCUUAAUAUAUGAUCGAACGCCAAGUUAUGUUCCUUUGAGGAUAUUAUCUAUUGAAGAUGGAAAGCCACUCAAAUUAUUCAAGCACUUGUUGCACCGCGGCAAGAAAAUUGAUUUUAUCGAGCAAUUCAAUGAGAAGCUCCUUGUGAAGCAAGAAGACGAGAACCUUCAGAUACUUGAUGUACGAAGUUCUGAGCUAAUUGAAAUCAGUAUUGAGAAGUUUAUGACCCCGUCAGCAUUCAUUUUUCUGUAUGAGAACAAUCUCUUCUUGACAUUCCGAAACAGAACAGUUGCUGUAUGGAAUUUCCGAGGAGAGCUUGUUACAUCGUUUGAGGACCAUUUGCUAUGGCAUCAAGAUUGUAGUACCAACAAUAUUUACAUUACAACCGACCAGGAUCUGAUUAUAUCCUACUGUAAAUCCGAUGCAGCGGCUGAUGACGGUACAGUUAUGGAAAAUUAUCUUAACUCAAGUGAUGCACAUGCAGCUUCUUCAAUUGGAUCCAUCAACAUGAGCGACAUUAUGACUGGCAAGUGCAUUGCCAAGAUUGCAGCGAAUGAUCCUGCCCUUAGUAUAGCCCCUCGCAAGAAUGGUAGCCCUUCAAUCUGGAGUAGUAUCCCAGAAGCUCUGGAGGAUGUCACAGCACUGUUCUACGACGAGGACAGGAACGAGAUCUACACUGGCAACAGUCAGGGGCUGGUGCAUGUAUGGUCCAGUUAG